GACCCUGUAGCAGCAGCAGGCGUGACGUCACGUAGCAGGUCAGAUCAUCCUCGCGGAGGUGAACAGAUCUCUUACUGAAGACGUCAAGGACGACUGACCAGUAGCAUCCAGCGGGACUGAUUUCUGAGCCGUGGGUGAGUUCCUGUGGCCUGCAGCAUCAUGGGGGAGUUGUUCCGCAGUGAGGAGAUGACUCUGGCCCAGCUCUUCCUCCAGUCUGAAGCGGCUUACUGCUGCGUCAGUGAACUGGGAGAGCUGGGAAUGGUGCAGUUUAGAGAUCUCAACCCUGAUGUGAACGUGUUCCAGAGGAAGUUUGUGAAUGAAGUGCGACGUUGUGAGGAGAUGGACAGGAAGCUCAGGUUCGUAGAGAAGGAAAUUAAGAAAGCCAACAUUCCAACAAUGGACACUGGUGAGAAUCCUGAAGUCCCAUUCCCACGAGACAUGAUUGACCUUGAGGCAACCUUUGAGAAGCUGGAGAAUGAGCUGAAGGAAAUCAACACUAAUCAAGAGGCCCUGAAGAAGAACUUUCUAGAGCUGACAGAACUCAAGCAUAUCCUCAGACGUACACAGCAGUUCUUCGAUGAGAUGGAGGAUCCAAAUCUUUUGGAAGAAUCAUCAUCUCUGUUGGACCCCAGUGAGGCUGGUCGAGGUGCCCCACUGCGACUGGGGUUUGUGGCUGGGGUUAUAAACCGGGAGAGAAUCCCCACGUUUGAAAGGAUGCUGUGGAGAGUCUGCCGUGGAAAUGUCUUUUUACGUCAGACAGAGAUUGAGGACCCUCUUGAGGACCCCACAACUGGAGACCAGGUGCACAAAUCUGUGUUUAUCAUCUUCUUCCAAGGAGACCAGCUGAAGAACAGAGUGAAGAAGAUCUGUGAAGGGUUCCGUGCAUCUCUGUACCCGUGCCCUGAGACCCCUCAGGAGAGGAAGGAAAUGGCAUCAGGUGUCAACACCCGCAUUGACGACCUCCAGAUGGUACUGAAUCAAACAGAGGACCACCGGCAGAGGGUUUUACAGGCUGCUGCGAAAACCAUACGUGUGUGGUUCAUCAAAGUGAGGAAGAUGAAGGCCAUUUAUCACACUCUGAACCUCUGUAACAUCGACGUUACACAGAAAUGUUUGAUCGCUGAGGUCUGGUGCCCCGUUUCUGACCUUGAUUCUAUUCAGUUCGCUUUGCGGAGGGGAACAGAACGGAGUGGUUCCACGGUUCCCUCCAUCUUGAACCGAAUGCAGACCAAACAGACUCCACCUACUUACAACAAGACCAACAAGUUCACCUCGGGUUUCCAGAACAUUGUGGAUGCUUACGGUAUUGGAACAUACCGAGAGAUCAAUCCAGCACCAUACACAAUCAUUACAUUCCCGUUCCUGUUUGCUGUCAUGUUUGGGGACAUGGGUCAUGGAGUGCUGAUGACAUGUGCGGCACUUUAUCUGGUCAUCAGAGAGAGCCGCCUGCUCGCUCAGAAGAGUGACAAUGAGAUGUUUAGCAUGAUUUUUGCAGGACGCUACAUCAUUCUUUUGAUGGGAAUAUUCUCAGUCUACACCGGACUGAUCUACAAUGACUGCUUCUCCAAGUCCCUCAACAUGUUCGGCUCAAGCUGGAGUGUGCGGCCCAUGUUUUUUCCUAAGGGAAACUGGACGUUUGAGACUCUGGAUGGCAACUCAGUUCUUCAGUUAGACCCUGCUGUUCCUGGCGUGUUUGGAGGCCCCUAUCCCCUGGGCAUCGACCCCAUUUGGAAUAUUGCCACAAAUAAGCUGACAUUCCUGAACUCGUUCAAGAUGAAGAUGUCUGUAAUCCUGGGUGUCAUUCACAUGCUGUUUGGAGUCUCGCUGUCCCUCUUCAAUCACCUGUACUUCAAGAAACCUCUGAACAUUUUCCUGGGUUUCAUUCCUGAGAUUGUGUUCAUGAGCAGCCUGUUUGGUUAUCUGAUCCUGCUCAUCUUCUACAAGUGGACGGCUUACGAUGCAACGACAUCUAAAGAUGCUCCCAGCCUUCUGAUCGCCUUCAUCAAUAUGUGUCUUUUCAACUACAAUGAUCCUACCAACAAACCCUUGUAUAGAGGACAGGUGGGAAUUCAGUCUCUGUUGGUGGUGAUAGCUCUGGCGUGUGUGCCGUGUAUGCUGGUGGUGAAGACUAUGGUCCUGCGUCGUCAGUACCUGUGGAAGAAGCACCUGUCCCAGAUGAGGGAGGCAAGACCUGCAGAGAAUCUAGAAACUUUAGAGCAGACAGGCUCACCCACCGGACUCACCCAACAGGGCAUGCAGAAGUUCGGUGGCGUCCGGGUCGGAAACGGGCCUACAGAGGACGAGGCGGAGAUCAUUGACCACGACCAGCUCUCGCAGCACUCAGAGGAAGGAGAUGAGCAUUCAGAGGAAGAACCGUUUAACUUUGGAGAUGUGGCUGUUCAUCAGGCCAUUCACACUAUAGAGUACUGCCUGGGCUGCAUCUCCAACACUGCCUCAUACCUGCGCCUCUGGGCCCUUAGUUUGGCUCAUGCUCAGUUGUCUGAGGUUCUUUGGGGAAUGGUGAUGCAUCUUGGACUGUCCUCGAGGAGUGGUGGUGGAUUCUUUGGCCUGUCGAUCAUUUUCUCUGCCUUUGCCAUGCUAACAGUGUGCAUCUUACUCAUCAUGGAGGGACUGUCUGCAUUCCUGCAUGCUCUGCGCUUGCAUUGGGUGGAGUUCCAGAACAAAUUCUAUACAGGACAGGGCUUCAAGUUUGUCCCGUUUUCCUUCGAGAGUAUCCUGGAGGGUCGAUUUGAUGAAUGAGCAACUUCAACGUUAUCAGAUAUCAUCAAUUCCCACUCCUGCAUGGAUCCUGUCUCACCCUGUCCUCUUCAGGAGCAGUGCUGUCUGGUGAAGUGUUUGUAAGAUGUGACCCCUAACCUCUAAAUGCACAUUUUCCUGGGUGUUUUUGAGAUGUGCUGUGUUCUGUAAGCCUUUCAGCCAGAUUUAUAACCUCUCUUUAGGUAAACAGUCCUUCAAAACAGUGUGGUAACUAUAAUGGAUGUUAAAAUGAUUGGAAUCUAGAUUAAUUAUUUUGAAUAAUUUUACAAACUGCACUCAAAAACCUUGCACUCUUAACCCUGGGUUAUCACCAUUCUAAACCCCGAUUUUAACCCCAGGUAAAGGUACAUUUUACACUGAUUUAAAAGCAGGGUAAGAGCCAGAUUGCGCUGCCAAACUUGUGCAGUGUUAAACAGUGUGAUGUUAGAAUGUUGUGGCUAGAUGUUUAGCAGCAGAUACACAAUCAUAUGCCUCAUAUUCACAUACUUUGGAAAGUUAUGGAAACAUUUCAUAUUGUAAAAACAGCACUUUCGGGGUUUGAGGGGAAAUGUUCUCUAAUAACACAAAACAUGUGAAUUGCAGUACCUGAUAGUCUGCAGUGUAUGCAAAUAAGAACAUUAACCCAGGGUUAAGGAAUUUACAGUGUGAAACAUCAGCAUAAGAAUAGCCAGGAUUCAUUUUUAACCUUUGGUAAAUUAUGAUCAGUGUGAAAAGUUAGUCAUAAAACAACAGAAUAAAGGUUAACAUCCUAUUACUGAGUAAAUAGCAAAGGAUAUCACAAGUCUCCUGAGGCAGCUAGUAAAAAAGCUAGUCAGUGUCUGGUGGACUGUCUUCAGACAUUUCUUCUCAAAAGUGAAACAUAUCAAUGUGGGAAAAAAAAUUGUAAAGAUUUACUUUAUUAUCUAGUUAUUUGUUGCUGUGGUGUUGUGGCAAGUCUUUUAUAUGCAUAAGAGAGUGUUUGUGCAUGGAUGAACAUUUCAGUGCAAAUUAUACAAUCAGAAGAGUCAAAGCUGUCUGUUGUUGUAAAACCCAGUUCCUCCUAAAUCAGACUAUUAAAGAUCUUUGGAUAAUUA